CCAAAAGAUUACCGAGAUAUUGCGCUCUUUAAAUACCGUGUACGGACUGAUCAAAGCGUCCUAUUCGUUGCAGAGCCUCGACAAGUCCUGCAUUGCUUACCGGUGCGCUCUCGUCCCCAACUCUAUUCGGAAACAUGGCAAACGCUUACCUGCAAGGAGUGGAGAUCUCCGCAUCACAGUUUUUGGAUAUCUUUCACCACUAUGACAACGAUGGUAAUGGAUAUAUUGAAGGUAAAGAGUUGCAGAGCUUUAUUAAAGAACUUCAGCAAGCUCGGAAACAGGCAGGACUUGAAUUAACUGACCAAAUGCGGGCUUUUGUAGAUGAAUAUGAGAAAAAUGCAGAUGGAAAGAUCGGAAUUGUUGAGCUAGUCCAAAUAUUGCCCACAGAGGAGAACUUCUUGUUAUUCUUUCGACAACAGUUGAAGUCCUGUACGGAGUUUAUGCAGGCUUGGAGGAACUUUGACGCUGAUCAUAGUGGGUACAUUGAGGCAGACGAGUUGAAGAACUUCUUGAAAGAUCUGCUUCAGAAGGCAAAGAGACCGUAUGAUGAAAAAAAGCUUGAGGAAUACACACAUGCCACACUCAAAAUCUUUGAUUCAAACAAUGAUGGGAAGCUAUGUUUGGCAGAAAUGGCCAGGCUGCUACCGGACGAGGAGAACUUUCUGCUCAAGUUUCAGGGGGUAAAGAUGGCAAGAAAAGAGUUCAACAAGAUCUUCGAGUUGUAUGACCAGGAUGAGAAUGGUUACAUGGAUGAGAACGAGCUUGAUGCUCUCCUGAAAGACCUGUGUGAGAAAAACAUGAAGGUGCUGGAGGUCAGCAAGAUCCCCUCGUACAAGACUGCCAUCAUGGCGCUAUCGGACGGAGGCCGGCUGUACAGGACGGAGCUGGCGCUCGUUCUCUGCGCCGACGACAUCUGAGAUCCAGCCCCACCCUUUCUCCCCUCCCCCUCAUCCCUGAAAACAACCAAUCCCCUUGGCUUUUCCCUUAAACCACACCCACAUCCACUUCUCCAAACCCCCCCCAACUCCCCCCCCCCAUCCCUCAUUCCUUCCACUCGUGAAGUGUGUAAAGAUAUUACAUAGCUUGGAAUUCCCAGGAUAUAGGAUGUGUUUUUCCUUUUCUUUCGUCUUUUGUUUUGGAGAAAUCUGUAAAUUUGCCAGCGACAGUGUGUAGGUAGGUAAGGUCAAUUAUUGGAGAAAUUGGGAGGCACAUACUUUUCCAACCUGUUGUUUCUAUACUGUUUGUAAAUGUACAGAUUUUGUAAACGAUGAGAUUGAUACCACAAUUGAAAGUCCCUGUACUUUGACCUGUCUAUACUCCAUCUCCUCCAGUGCUUAAGAUCGUUGCCUCUCAUGGGCUGACGGAGUGGGUGUGGCUCGUUAUAACCAAUCGCAACACAAUUUAAUCUCCUUCCCCAAGUGGUUGAAAUGUCAAGAAAAAGAACGACAACCCCCAGUUCACCUUUUAGCAUUAGUAACAACUCUAACAACACUUAUGAACUGGUAUCCGAAGCAAUAAUACCUUACGAAAAUGUUUCUGGAAUGUUGUGCAUGGAAACAAAAUAUAGGAAAAUGGCAGAUAUAUUGUGGAAAAACAUUGUGAGCCAAAUUUGAGCUAUAUAAUCUUUUUGCGGUGCAUGUUAGUUGCUGAAGACUGGCUACAUACGGAGCCACAACGAAGAUCCUAGCACAUAUAUCUGUAGCCUGACCCCCUGUAACCUUAGACCUGGCCCUGAGUAGGACAUGGUGGCCAGUCUCUGAUUCAUGGACUUUUUUUUCUGCACUGUAAACAACGCCAUGCCCCCCACACUGGGCACCAGGAACACUGUGUAUGAUGUAAUAAUAAAUAAG